AUGUAUUCCGGCCCCCGUUCCGCCCAAGACGUAUUCCGGCGCCGGCGGGAUUUCCAGCCCCGUUCCGCCCAAGACGUAUUCCGGCGCUGGCGGAAUUUCCAGCCCCGUUCCGCCCAAGACAUAUUCCGGUGCCGGCGGAAUUUCCAGCUCCGUUCCGCCCAAGACGUAUUCCGGCGCCGGCGGAAUUUCCAGCCCCGUUCCGCCCAAAAUAUAUUCCGCCGCCGGCGCCCAAAUCUUGUCGCCGGGCAAAAACGAGGAGGAGAUCUACGGAAGCCCGGAAGGGACCAAGCCGGAGAAAUCAGGCGAAGCUUCUCCGAUCGCCGAGACGCCGCUUUCCGGACGGGAAAAUCACAUUUACGAAGAAGUGGAAUGAGGAGGCGGAGCUACUAUUUUUCGGCGCUGCAAAUAAAGCUUCAUUUUUGGCACUUAUUUUUGUCCCGUGCCUAUUGA